AGAACUUAUAUCAAGAAAUGUAUACGACCUGAUCAAAUAAGAUUAAAUGUGAAAUUCAUGGUUUCACUGGCCAGUUUAAUUGAUGAUCAUGUUCACUCUGCUUGAAUAUCUUUCAGUUGUUAACCUCAGUUUGAAUGAAGAUUUGGAGGGCAUUGAGAAAUGGACAGAUUUUACCUAUGAAAACUUGAUUGCUAUUUCUAGGCGAUGCCCUCACUCAGCCAUAUCAGUUUGACCCCCCUGCACCAGUUCUACGCUCCGCUUGUGUGUAUUCUCAAUAAGCCAACUGUUACUGCUGUCCUCUUGAAAUGGAAUCAUACCAUUGUCGACUGCGCUCUGGAGCUAGCAUCCAAGGCAUCAAGUACCAUCCCAGCGAUGGACUUCAGGCAAUCACUCUAGCCUUUGUGGCGAGACAGUUUUGCCGGACUGGGUUGGAAUUUAUGGGCUUUCCCCCCAGCAAUCGGGUUCCGGGUGAUACCAAAGUGUCUGGGAAGUGGAACACACAGCAACACGAUCACUCAAAACAAGAGGAAUUCUAUAAACCACUCCGUCAAGUGGUUCACUACGCGAAGCUGUUCAAUACCAGAUACGCUUAUAUCAUAUCAGACAAAGAAUUAGUUUGUAUUUCGAAUAUCAGGAUGAUUGAAACAGAGCACAUCAAUGUAUGGUGGACUACUGAUUCAGUCGAGGAGGCAAAAAAAAUUACGUGACGAUAUAGUCUUUAGCACAUGCAUUCAUACCAGAAGUCCGGCAAGUAUCAUAUACACGAACAUGGAAAGAAAUGAAGGAGCAGAGCUCUUUAUUACAUAUCCAAUCACCUAAAUAUUGAAACAGGGGGUUCAGACUAUGCCAAGCAAUGUUUCAGCUCACCCGUCGGUUUUCGCUCCAGCACGGCACGACACCGUUUCCCUUGACCAUUCACAUAUUACACCAGACCACUAACUCAUCUCCAUUAUUCCUUCCCCUUAGGACAGUACCUAUUAAACCGGUCCGCGAACUAUCAGUGCCAACAACGAAUGCGCCACUUCUGCUGCUGCAAGUACCGUUGAUUCACCAGCCGUAUCAUAGAUGGGUGCAACUUCAACAACAUCGGCGCCGACGACCUGGAUUUCGCUCUCUACAAGUGCAUCGAGGAUUGUGAGAAGUUCACGGGUACUGAAUCCCCCAGGCUCCGAGGUUCCCGUUGCUUUGAUAGACAAAAUUAGCGACAGAAAAAUUUAAGACCAAAGAUGGCGACAGACGUCCAGCCGAAGAAAGGAAGUUGAUUCAAGCACGAAAGGUGGAAAGAAUACAUACCAGGUGCGAAUGCCGGGUCCAAAACGUCAAUAUCAACACUUAUGUAAGCCUUGUUAUUCCCGACGCGCUUUUUAAUCUUCUCCACUAUGCCACUUGUGCCGAUGUGGUCAAUGUCGCGGGCUGUGAUGAUGUCGAAACCGCACCGGAUAUCAUUUUCUAUGUCUUUUUUGGGCCGCACGACGGGCGCGCGAAUGCCGACAUGUAUGGAGGAUGAGUUGAGGACGAGGCCCUGUGACUCGAUAGUGUGAGGGGAAAGAAUCCCGGGGAGCAGAUGUAUUACAACAGGCACAAUGAAAACGGGAGUAUGUCUACUUACCUCCUCAUGGGCGAUAUGAAGGAAUGUGCCGUGAUUGACACCUCUGGAUGUGAAUGUGAGUUAAAAGUUGUCAGCGGGAUGACUUUUCGCAGGUGCCAUAAACUCACGCAUAAUUUGAAAUGCCGCCACCUAUGCUCAGAUUUAGUUUACGUAUUACUAUGGCCAAAUACAGAGCUGGAUAUGUGAAAGUGUAUGUGUACCUAACACAGAAGGGUCCCAUGUGUCUGAAAUUUUGCGGAGGGUGUUCCAUUAGUCAACGCAUUCCUCGGAAAUCAUGGAAUACAGCCCCCUCAACUUCAUGUUAGGGUCUCGGAAGUGGGAAAAUACCAACCGAUAUGACUGUCAAAAUGAAUGACGGCGACUGGGCCCCAAUGCUUAUAUGUUGAUCGUAACGCUGGCAGUGUUGUCGUGUGGUCACCACCGAGGGUGAUGAUGCGAGGGACCCUCGUAACAUCAGACGCAUUGGCGGGUCGGGAUGAAACCACCUGUGGGAAAAUGUGAGAUCUGGAAACAAUGCACGAUUACGGUGGAGAUGGCGGAGAGCUCUUCUCUCAAUCCCAAAGACGUUUGUUGUUCAUCACAUUGAAAGAAAAAAACUGCCAUGCAUGGGAUUGGACAGGAACCAUCUAACGCCAGCUUACAGAGUACAAUGAAGCAACUCACCUUAUGCGCCUUGUCAAGUUGCUUCAAAGCGACGGUAUUAUCCAAGAAAGUCAAAGGAACGUCUCCGCAAUCAACAAUGCUUGCCCAACUCUGGAAGACAUUUUCUCCAGUGUAGAUACUCCAGGCACCAUCUGGUCUAAUGCGCUGAGAACCCCGGCGGAUUCCUCCCGGACCAAAUCUCGCACCAGGACGAGCAGUUACACCCUGUAAAUUCGUGAAGAAAUCAAUAAACAAUCAGUAAUAUAAAUUGCAAAUCUACCAAUGUAGCCGGUAGAGACAAUAUUGUUCACUUGUGGCAGAGCUUGCGCAUACCGUAUCAAAAGGGGCACCCAUAAACGCAAUAUCAUAUCGUUGCUUCUCUGCUUCGCUAUCCACAAAGCAAUUGACAUAUGGUACAUUUGCGAAGGUCAUCAGCCCGGAGAACUGACUGCCAGACACAAUAUCGAUGGUAUUCUCCAGUCCAAGCGGUGCUUGUGACGCGGAGCCAUGAAUGGCUGCAACUGGAGGAAACACAAUGUCUGCAGCUCGGUUUAACUCCGCCAACAGCUGGAGCAGAAACAGGGAAUGGCGCAUG